AUGGAAAGCCGAGCAAUGAGGAGCAAAGUUGAUAAAGAAACACACAGAAAGACAAAGUUCAAGAGAAGCAGAAACGGCUGUUUGACUUGCAAGAAGAGGAAAAAAAAAUGCGAUGAGACCCAGCCAUUCUGCAACAACUGCAAAAAAUCGAAAAGACAAUGCGAAGGAUUUGCAAGAAGGUAUAAGUUUCAACGUCACGACAAGCUAGAAGCUGAUGCUGAUGCUGAUGCUGAUGCUGACGCUGGUGAUGAUGCUGGUGACGUUGAUAAUAAUGAUGGUGAAAGCGGUGCAAAAGCUGAUGGUGUCAAGAUGGGGGCAAGUGCAAAUGGUGAGAAGGCAGAUGUUAAAGAUUUAAAUUUAAAUUUUGAUGGGUUGAAUCGAUUUGUUUUGCCCAUCAUUCCAAUAGGAUCGUUUUUAGAAGAAUACUGUAUUGAUUUGCAAACCACUCAAGACGAGGAAAAUUUCAUUUUGAAAAACUUUUUUGAGUUCUCCUCGAAAAUUUGCGAGGUUCAGCCGACGUUAAAGUGGACACAGGUGAUUUUGAAGCAUGGGGAUUUUGAACUAGCCAAAUGUUGUAUCAUGGCUCUAUCAUACAUUCAUUUGGAGUUGAAUGCAAAGGGUGCUUAUUACAUUGACAAGAUAGUGGAAUACUUGUUUCAGUACAUCAACCAAUAUCCCGAUUUGCUUCAUUCGGAUUACGAUGUUAGCUGCCACAAGGUGCCUAGCAAGGUUCUUUAUUUCAAUUCGAUGAAAAAUUUGCUAAACACCGAUGAGAAAAAGAAUUUGGAGCAAAUAAACAAAUACUCAAUACUAUUGCUAGUAUAUGUAUUUUUGCUAGGGUCAUGUUUGGACUCUGGUAGAGCAUCGAUUUCGAGGGUGUUUUUGAGGGUUGGAUCGAUUAUAUCGCAGAAUUUAAAACAUGAAGUGGUGAACAAAAACAAUGAGAACUAUGAAAUAAUACAAGCGUCGAAAAAAUUGGUAUACCAACUAAAAUACACAGACGCACUAAUGGCUAUAACGUCUGCAGAUUGUCGACUUCCACUAUUCGAGGUCAAUUGGAUGGAGUUUAACGAUCCGGGAGAUAAUACAAUCUUUGAGAUCAUGGGAUGUCCAGCCGAAAUAAUAGAAUGCAUCAGCAAAAUAGCAGUGCUCAAACACGAACUCACUCAUAUUAAAAAUGGCAACAAUGGCGACAAUGGCAACAAUGGCAACAAUGGCAACAAUCGUUAUAAUAAGGUGGAAAAAAUGGAAUUCUAUAAUGACAUAAAGCAAAGACUUGUAAAUUAUAGAGAUUAUAUGCCAUUGAAACGCUAUAGCAGUGAAUCGUUAUUGAGUUUAAAAGUAGUGAAAUGUUGGACAAUUGCAAUCCACAUUUCAUUGCUAAAUGCAACAAAGAUUGAAAAUUAUAAGAUCAUUAUUUGCAACUUGGUUGUGGAGUUUUUUGACAUUUUGAAACAGCUCCAACAUCCAAAUGUGACGACAAUUCAAAUGGUUUGGGUGAUUUCUACAAUUGGAUGUGAAUGCAAUAAGAACAGUGAAUAUCAAAAAGUUAUCAUUGAUUUUUUGGAUCAAAUCUAUUUUGUGUUCAAAGUUGGUAAUGUGAAGACAUUAAAAAGAAUAUUACAAAACAUUUGGGACAGUCAAACAUCAUGGGAAAGCGUAUUGCAAGGAAAGGAAUGGCUAGAGUCUGGAGUGGAAUUUAUUAUCAUUUAA